GUGCAUUUGAUUUUUCGGUUACGAAAACAAUCAUUAUUCGGUGAGGAUUCAGUUUAACGAAUGCUGUGCUUGCGAGUGGUCUCGGAUUUUUGUUUUAACGAAUAUCGUUUUUGAACGAGAUUCAAGUCACAUUCAGGCAGUUAACACUUGUUUACUCAAUCAAAUCUAAAUCAAACGAAAACGUGUAUAUUGAUAUUAAUAGUUGAUACGAACACAUUGCAACCGGUAGCAACGACCACAAAGCAAAAGAACCAUAUCGAAAUUCAGUCACAACUGCAUUUUACGCAUAAAUAAAAGGAAAAACAGUACACAGAGAGGGAACACAAAAAGGAAUAAAUAAAAUUCCUAACACUUUCGGAAUCGGAAAAUAGACGCGCAAAACGUGCAAAGUGACGACAACCAAAUAACAUAUAACACAAUCUGUGCAAAGGAAGAGAAUAUUUGAACGCAAUUGCAACAUAUUUUCGUGUAUGCGAUCAUAUAUUCACAUAAUAAAAAAAAAACAUUCAGUUAAGACGCUUUUUUCGCUCUCCUUCGCUCUCACACACACAUAUGAUCUCAUGUUUUCAUCGAUGAAUAUGUUAUUUUCUGCACUUUUCCACAAAUUAAACAAUAUUAGUUAAACAACGUGCAUUCGAUCAUACAAAACUAUACGCAUACAAAGAAUGAAACACCAAAUGCAUAAGUAGAAAUCAAAACGUACAAAAUCUUUCACGUUUGCCCGUGAUUGCAUUUCAUAUGUCCAACACUUAUUGAGACGUCUAUUAUUUUAUUUUAUUUUUUGAAUAACAAGAAUAAAAAUAACAACCACGAUAUAUAAAAAGGAAGAAGAACGGACGCGACAGCCGCCGAGUGAAGAAAGAAAACGAUAAAGUAUAAAAACGGAAAACCAAAUCAAAAUAAAAGACAGAAAAAUUGGAAAUCAACAGUUGAUUCUUGGCAAUCACAUCAACACACACACGCACACAAAAAAAAAAACAAUUUGGAACGCGAGAGAGAGAGAGAGAUAGAGAAAAAAGAGAGGAGAGAAUUGUGACAUACAGAAAUUAUACAACACAUAAUUUACAAUGAUUGGUUCGAAAAAAAAUAAUCACGUUCCACCGUUGAUGACAUUCACUUUGCUAAUAACGAUUUGUAUGGGAUUCGCAUAUGCCAGUUGGUGGGAUUUGGGAUUACAUGCAUUGCAGAAUGUGGGAUUGUUUGACCCGAACGCACUUAUGCAUCAUAAUCAUGAAGAUAUUUGUAAGAAUGCACUGCACUUAUCUAAUGAACAACGUCGAAUGUGCGCUCGCAGUCCACGAGUAUUCGCUGCAAUUGUACAAGGUGCCAAAAUGGGUCAAGAGGAAUGCCAACAUCAAUUUCGAAAUAGUCGUUGGAAUUGCACAACAUCCCAACCAUCGUCUGAUCUUCAAGACAUCUAUGGCGAUGUUAUGCGCAUCAAGAGUCGUGAAACAGCUUAUAUACAUGCCAUCAAUGCAGCAUCACUUGCAUGGUCCAUUACGCGUGCAUGUUCUCGAGGCGACCUAACCGAAUGCUCAUGCGAUAACACCAUUCGACGAAAGCAACGCAAAUGGCAAUGGGGUGGUUGCUCAGAGGAUGUUAACUAUGGCGUAUUAUUUUCGAGAAAAUUCAUUGAUUCACAGGAAAGUAAUGAGACUGCCUCCGGUUUGAUGAAUUUACACAAUAACGAAGCUGGUCGUAGGGCAUUGAGAUCGCGCAUGCAACGGAUCUGUAAAUGUCAUGGUGUUUCGGGUUCUUGUUCGAUUCGAGUUUGCUGGAGACGUUUACCAGCUUUACGUGCUAUUGGUGAAGUAUUGGGUCAAUUGUACGAUGGUGCCUCUCAUGUGAAGUUGAUCGAACGUGAUGGUCGUGUGUCAAAGUUGCGUCGACGUGAUCCACAAUAUAAAAAGCUCAUCAAAUCCGAUUUAGUUUACUUAGAAGAUUCGCCCGACUAUUGCGAUCGUGACGAUGAGUUGGGCAUUUUGGGUACAAAAGGUCGAUUGUGUAAUCGAACAUCACCCGGUAUCGAUGGAUGUAAAAUUAUGUGCUGCGGCCGAGGCCAUCAAACGCGAAUACGGUAUGUGGAAGAGAAAUGCAAAUGCCGUUUUGUCUGGUGUUGUGAUGUUAAAUGUGAGAUGUGCAAUCAUCGGAGGGAGGAGCACAUUUGCAAUUAAAGCACAUUAGAAACAGUAAGCCAGUACAGUGCGAAUACAAACCGCCCCCGCCCCCUCAUUUCCUCGAAUUAUACAUUGAAAACGAUCAUGCUCGAGCAUGUCGACAACAACAACUUCAACAACAAAAGCAUACACACAUACACCGAAUCUUUUUUUAUAUUUUAAACUAAGUAAACAAGUCCAAAUUGAAAAGCAAUGAAUGUAGAGAGUGUCCAAGAGAACCUUUUAAUAUAUAUAUAUAUAAAUGUAUUUAUUCAUAGCCAUUUUUACCGCCAACGACUUUUUCCCUUCCGUCGAAUAGAAACUCUACUGAAUAGAAAUCUAGCAAUAAGCGUAGUCAGUGAAGAAACGAUUAAUAAUAAUAAUUAUUAUUACAACUAUCCGUACAUAUUAUAAGCUCAAAGUCUAACUAAACUAAAACUAUAGUUUAUUUAUAAAAGAAACAGCAAAAAACAGCAUUUUUUCACUCACACAAAAAUACACAUGCACACACAAAUACAAAAAAAAAUCAAAACAAAACAAAUAAGCUGUAAGCGAAACAUUUGAAUGCAGCAAAUAACCG